UCGUCGUUGUUUUGUCGGUGUAUCUACAUAGUCUCAUUUAGGUUGUUGACUCGCUUAAUUCAGGAGAGCGUGAUGGCUUGCAUCAUGGCAAUGUUCAGCAUCAGAAUUUUCCAUCAUUGACCCAAGAACAAUGCUAUGGCCUGUUUCUUUGUGUCCAAACCCUGAAUAAGUUAUUGUUAUGUCAAUUAGCUUUGAUCCGACCAAUCUUGCAUACCCAGCGAAAUGCUGUUCCAAAUCUUACCCUGGAACAAUGAUUGAACAAUAUACAAUCCUUGCAUAUAACUAGGAGAGAUUCUUCGACAUUAACACAUCAUCAUUUCAAACGACAAACUCGAAAGCAUUUCAUCACCCAGUAUUCAGAUCAGAGCUUUCUUCCACACCGUACAUACUCGAAUUUCAAUCAUCACCAUGUCUCAAAAUCCACAGCCCUGGUUUACAGACUCCGAGAUCCGAUUCCUCGACACUCUCUGUGCUCCACACGCACCACCAAUGCCUGCGACCACGUGGCAGACAAUCAUCGAUCGAUUCUUCACAGAACAAGUACGACAUCUUCCUGGCGGUGAUUUUUACCAUUUGGAUCCUUGGCCUAAGCGAGUACGUAUUUCCCACGCUAUUUUCACUGAUCCAAGACUUCCGGUAGGCGAGAGUUUGGAGGCAGACCAGGCGAUUGUGACUUUGUUGGGUGUUGUUCAUGAUCCUGAGCCGGAUCCUGAGCAGGGACAAGUGCACGUGCAAAUGCCAUUGAUAAUAUCACCGCAACCGCAAGAAGAUGAAACUUUGCCACUUCCAGAAGGUAGUAUCCGACUUCCUGCAGGCAAUAUUCGACUCCCUGAAGGUAGCAUCUUACUUCCAGAUCGUAGCAUUCUUUUCCCCGACGGAAGACUUCUUCUUACAAAUUCUCCCCGCCAAGCAGCUCCAUUCGUCUUUCUUCCAGAUGGCCGAAUUCGUUUACCAAAUGGGAGAAUGUUCCGCGCAAGUUCUGAUAUUGGACGCCCGGUAGUUCCUCGACCUAAUGUUCGAUAUCGCAAUGGUAGAGCUUAUUUUCCUGAUGGGAGUAUGGUACCGGGGACUCCAAGCACUCCUAUGACUCCAAGCGCUCCUAUGACACCAAGAAUUGUUACGCCAUCAAGAACUCCUGCAGCUCUCAUUAUCUCAAGAACCCCCCGCCGUACACCUGCAAUGCCAUACCGUAGCCUUGAAGUUCCAGGUAGUAGAUUUAAUUUACCAUCACCUGAAAUUUCUGCAGCUACCGCUUUAGCUCAUGAUGAUAGUGUUCUUUAUUCUGAUGGGAGCUCGGGAUAUCUCUCAAAUGAUUUUAGCAGUUACUGUAAUGUCUAUAGUUCUUAUAGUCCCUUUAGUUCUAGCGGUUCCAGCUCAGCUUCCAGAUAUGGAAACUCGUCUUAAUAUUCUGAGGACUUGAGACAGGCUGGUCCUGACUAAAUUGCGCAAUCUUAAAUAGUUAUGGAGAGUUUUUGUAGUUUGGAUUUCGGCAUCGAUUUCAAUUUCAAUUUCAAUUUGAUUAUCUAAAAAUGUUAUAAAUGUAGAAUAAUUGUGAAAGUGAGUGAAUGAAUGAAUGAGUGAGAUGUAGGUAUGCAUUGAAAAAUGUGUUGCCGAUAAACUAGUCGCUACUAAUUCAUUUGUGUCUUUUGUGAUCGUAAUAGACAAGAUAAUAACGUGAUUGUUCAGCAAACAUUCUAACUGUAGAUCAGUUCUUGUUCAUAUUUCUCUCUCUUUUCUUUUUUUUUUUACCUCUUUAUUCUUUUCUUUGUCUUGCAUCCUCGGACAACGAACUAUUUGUAGUCUUUAAUUAUCCGUAUCCUAAUCGCUUACUUAUUUGCUUGAAUAACUUUUCAUCGCAGAUUGGAAUGACCACUUGUUGUUGAUAAUGGGAAAUGUAAUCGACGUGACCAUAAGGUGGACAAGAAUGAUGUAGACUGGGGCGAUUGUGUGAUUUAUGGGGAUUGAGGAUUUUGCAUAGGGAGAGGCUUUAUGGCGGCGAGGCGUAAAAAGAAGCUAUGUAGGU